GGGGAUAAAAUGUGCAUGCGCAGAUAACGUGUGGCAAGAAUCGCAGUUAUAGUACAGCUGGUGCAGGAUUAUGUAGGUAAAUGUCAAACGCUUUAAACAAUUUUUUUAACUUUCAACAGCGGCGUGUUACAAUAGUGCGAAAUAUGUGCAGUGCAUUAAGAAAUAACUGUUAGCGUAAGCGUUUUCGGGGUUCGUUGUCGUGAAAUAUCAAACGUUUGAGUCAUGGAAGAGCUUGAAAAACAAUCGGACGUGGAUACAACUCCAGUUCCGGAUUCGCCAAAACCUCUCGCAUUUACCAUUGACUUUGGAGAAGGAAAAGUGGAUAAGCAACGGCAUAAAUUGUUGAUGGAAAAGUAUCAGAAACGACAAUUAAGCGUUACGGAAAAGAAGGAGAAGCAGAAAAGUAAAGGAAGUACAACCGGUAAAACAAGGGAUGAUUUAAGUUUACCUCUGAAGAACGUCACCACAGAUCGAAUGACUCAAUCGUGUAAGUUUCCCAGCGUUUCUAGUCCUGAAAUAGAGCUGAGGGAUUCAGAAAUAGUAGUUUCGACGAAAUUAGUACGCUACGCCAAUUUAGAAUGUGAUAAUAAAAGUUUAGAAAAAGAUUUAUUUGUUGAUGGUACUGAUUUUGAUUUUGAAGCUGAUUUUGAUAAAUCCGAUAACAUAAGCGAUGCCGGAACGUAUACGUUGGACGCGGACAAUUACUCGGAGGAACAAAAAGAAAGAAUGAGCAUCGAUAGAGAAUUUCAAAUCGAACAAGUUUCACUUUUACGCAAAACAGAAGAUUAUAUUAAAAGUUUAGAUAUUGGAAAACCAGUUGAACCUGAACUGACACUCCCGAAGCCCCAAACCUUAGAUUUAAGUAAUAGUCAAAAAUCGAAUCGACUAACUGAGCAAAAACAAAGGUUAUUAUCACCGAUUCUAUCCCCGACACAAAAUUUAUCAAUAACACAAAAUAACAAACAAGAAGUUAAAGUAAACAAUGAAGAUCAAAGUAAAACUUUUACUAAAAUUAUGUUUCCAAGUCCGAAAGCAAAAACCGGAAUCGGAUCUGAACAACCGCCGGAUCAUGGUAGCGUUAUAUCGGUAACUUCAAGUGGUGCUUUUCGUUCAAGAAACGAGAAGAAACGACAUGUUAGACAUUUAAGUUUAAGUAAAUCCGGGGUCCAAGUUGAAGCGUACACAGAAAACGGUUUUCAAAAUGAAAUUAUAAUGGCUCCAAUCCCAAACAGUUCAACAUUAACGGCCAGUGUUGUUCAUGUAACGGAUAAUUUUCCCAAACCACCCGAGGUGCGAAGGAGUUCGUUCGAACUUGGAAUAGUCGGAAAUAAAUUAACUAAUAUACCAUUUGUUUUGGGAUGUGGCGGUAAAAUUUCCCCGACGAAAAUUCCCUCUCCGAUACAUACCUCAAGGCCAAGAAGUCGAAACAGCACCGGAUCUACGAACAUAGAUCUUUCCGAUAGUAGUUUAGAAACCGAAUCUUAUUUAAAACCGACGCAAAACAUAAUAAAUUCACUUCAACAAAGGUUAUCAUUGGAUAACGAUCAAGAUUUGGACGCAACGUAUCUUAAUAAUGAUGCAAGAAAUUUGCUAAAGAAACCAACUCACUUAAGACAUAACUCGUUUGAUGAUAAAAACUUAAAAUUAUCUAAUAAACUGGAGCAUUUCCAAACGAAAAACUUUCAGGGUAUUGAUCAAACUUACACCAACGUACUCAAUCAAUAUAAAGUAAACAAAAUUCAAAAUUCACCAAAUAACAGUCCGAUACGUCGUUCAAGCAGUUUUUCCACUAAUAAAAAUCAAAUCAAUUUGAAAAACUUUUCCAAAGAAACUAAUUUAAUUAAUUCCCCGAACAUCAAUCGAAACACAUCCUCAAUUCAAAGGUCUUCAUCAACCGCCAACAUCAAACCAAAUUUAUUAACACGACGACCCAGCACGGGAUCCGAUCAUCAUCAAAAAAUCGACCGAACCAUUUACGGCGAUACCGAAUCGAGUUCUGAAGAAGAUUACGAUAAGAAUAUUAAGAAGAAAGAUAUCACCAAUACCCGUUAUAAUCGGGCGUUUAGUUUACGUCGGGCUCGAUUGGAAGAACCGCCGCCGCCAAAAUGUCCGAAUACGCCAGAAAUGCGCAGGAAAUUUCCUGCAUCCGAAUCCAGCCAACGUGCAAUUUCCGUCGACCGAAAACCGACCACAAAAACGAACGACGUGCCAAGCCGAUACCUGCAGAGUGUUUCUAAGAAAAAUUCGAUGCCUCCGCCUCCGUCCGUUAAACCGGAAACCCCAAAAAGUGCCAACAGGGCGGGUAGUGCCGGAAAAGUACCACAACAAACGGGAAAAUCACAAGUGUUUUCGCGUACCGAUAGUGGACGUUACAGUAUGAGGAGUAAUAGUAAACCACCUGCCGGAAGUAACACGCCUAAGAAUUUAAGGAAAGAUUCUGCAGGUAAAUCAAAAUCUGGAGGACGAAGCAACUCAUCACUAUCCAGCCGAGAAGUUGAAUUUCAGAACUGGAAGCGAAGGAAAAGUUAUGAUCCGAUGAAGGCCGCCGCGGAGGGAAAAAGAAAAGCGGAACUAGCGAAAAAGCAGUCGAACAUGACCGCUUCGUACACAGAAGGAAAUCAGGAUUACGAUAGUUCGCCUUCACAUUCCAGCUCUGUACAUCGUUCUCAGAGUUUUCAUGGAACCGCAGCUUUGGAACAAUUAAUCAGUUCGGAUGAAGAAGACCAAACGCUGUCUGCCGAUGAAGGCUUCAGCCCUCCGACUCCGAGCCCAUGCGAACUUAGUCCAGCCAGGGCUAGCUUAAAAUACGCAUGGCGCGAGCAGAUAUUGAUGGAAUAAAAACGAAUUAAUUUAUUUACCAUCUCCAACGAAAAUUGUUGUAUUCAUUUUUACCUUAGUUAUUAUUUUUAUUUUAUUAUUAAGUUAGAAUCCGUAUUGGUUAUUUAAUAAGUUUUGAUUUAUUUCCCCACAUGACACCGUUUUAUUUUAAAUAUUAUUAUUAAAAAAUAAUUUGCUGCACGAGUGAAUAAAAAUCAGAAACCUCGAUUUAAUUAUUUAUGGUUUAUUUAAUGUAGCCCAUUUUAUAAGUUUUCAAAAUUUUUUUUUAGAUUAUAAGUAUAUGUUAUUUUGUCCUUUUAAUAUUUCGUUUAUGUCGUGAGUGCAUAUCAUCGUGCUAAUUAUUAUUACAAAGAAAAUAAGUAUUAAGAUAAAAUUAAUCAAAAAAAUUAAUUUUUCUUUGUUUAAUUUUAUCUUCAUUAAUUUAAUUUUAAUUCAAUAUAAUUUUCAAGUUUUAAGCACAAAAUCAUGUGAUAUCCUUUUAAUUAAACAAAAAACUAAUUUACUAAUACAUUUUUCUUUUUGGUGCAAAUGUGGCCUAGAGCCCAAAAAAUUAUUACCAGAACUGUAAAUCAGUGCAAUAAAUAAUCAAAACGUUUAUUUAUUUCAAUCAUUUUGGCGUCUACAAGAAGAUGUAGUUAAUAUUAGUAAUUUUUCAUAAUACUUAAUAUUUAAUGAUAAAUUGAAACGUGUCACCGAAUCUUCCAAAAA